CUUCUUCAAUAAUCAUCCAUUCCUCUAUCAACAUGGCCACUCAGUCCAAAUACGACUUCAUCAUCGUCGGCGGUGGCACCGCUGGCAACACCAUCGCUGGUCGUCUGGCCGAAAACCCCAAUGUCCGCAUUCUCAUCGUCGAAGCUGGAAUCUCCAACCCUGACGAGAUAGACGAGAUCACCACUCCUUCGAAAGCAUUUGGUCUCCGAGGAAGUCAAUAUGACUGGGCAUACAAGUCGACGAUGAUCAAACGCGACGACUACGAGCGCAUCGAAAAGCCCAACACGCGUGGAAAGACACUUGGUGGAAGUUCGUGCGCCAAUUACUUUACGUGGAUUCCCGGAUCGAAGCCAACUUUUGACGACUGGGAAGAGUUUGGAGGCAAGGACUGGACGUGGGACAACUGCGUCGACUAUCUCCGCAAGUGCGCGACCUACCAUGAUGACGAGAAGCUGUAUCCCAAUGAACUCAGCAAGAUUGGAACUGGGGGACCCCUGCAGAUCUCCCAUGCCGAGCUGGUUCCCGAGAUGAAGCCAUUCCGCGAUGCCCUCACUCAAGCGUGGGUGUCCAAGGGCGAGUCAUUGACUGAGGAUAUCUACUCCGGCGAAAUGAAAGGUCUCACCCACUGUGUCGAUACCAUCUACAAAGGCCAGCGGCAGGGCAGCUAUCUCUUUCUCAAGAACAAGCCCAAUGUCUCCGUCCUCUCCGGCGCCAUCUCCAAACGCCUCAUCAUCGACCCAACAACGCACACCUGCGCCGGUGUAACCGUCAUCAACGCCACAACUGGGACUGAGCUGAGCGUGUAUGCCUCCCGCGAAGUCAUCAUUUCCCAGGGCGUGUUUGAGACCCCGAAGCUGCUGAUGCUGAGCGGUGUUGGUCCUGCAGCUGAACUGUCCAAGCAUGGUGUGGAUGUGCUGGUCAAUUCUCCCCAUGUCGGCCAGCAUCUUCUCGACCAUCCCAUCGUUCCUUUUGUGCUGAAGAUCAAGGAUGGAUAUGGUUUGGACGAUCAUCUUCUCCGGACUGGUCCGCUCAACAAUGCCGCGGUGGCUGCUUACCAGCACGAUAAGACCGGGCCUGUCGGUUCUGGACUGCUCGAGCUAGUCGGCUUCCCUCGUAUCGAUGAACGCCUGCAGAAAUACCCCGAGUAUCGUGAAGCCAAAGCCGCCAAUAAAGGCAAAGACCCCUUUGGCCCUGCCGGCCAGCCUCACUUUGAGCUUGACUUUGUCGGGAUGUUCAGCUCGGCCUUCCAGUGGCAUUAUCCAGUGCCCAAAGAGGGAAAUUACAUGACCGUCAUCGUCGAUCUGCUUCGACCCCUCUCCGAAGGUGAAGUCACUCUCAAUGGCAACAAUCCUCUCGUGCAGCCAAACAUCAACCUCAACUUCUUCGGACUUGAUCUGGACAUUCUGGCUAUGCGCGAGGGUGUUCGAUGGACCUACGAUCUUCUCACCAAGGGGGCUGGCUUCAAGGAUAUCGUUCUAAAUGAGUAUCCAUGGGAGAUGCCUCUUGACUCGGAUGAGGAAAUGAAAAAGGCCGUCCUCGACCGCAGCCAAACUGGAUUCCAUCCCUGUGGAACGGCCCGUCUUUCGAAGAAUAUCGGUCAAGGCGUUGUUGACUCCAGACUUCGGGUUCAUGGCAUCAAAAACCUCCGUAUCGCUGACGCAUCCAUCAUCCCUGUGAUUCCCGACUGUCGUAUUCAGAACUCGGUCUACAUGAUUGGAGAAAAGGGCGCCGAUAUCAUCAAGGCCGAGCAUCAAGAUCUGUAUGGAGGAAAGAACUCUCAUUUUGCCAGCAGACUUUGAGUCUGGUCACAAUUGGUCAUGUUUAGUAUGAUGUAUCUCUUUGUAUAGUUGAUAGUCAGUGUCUUCAAGAGCAUUUCUAUUUAAACAUCUUUAUUUCAAUAUAAACUCCAACAUGAUU